AUGCUUGAAGAAAACCACACUGCUGUGACUGAGUUCAUUCUCUUGGGUUUCACUGACCGUUGGGAGGUGAAGUUACCUUUGUUUGGGCUCUUCCUGCUCAUCUAUGUCACCACGCUGGGGGGCAACGCUGGCAUCAUCAUACUCGUCCGGCUCAAUGCCUGUCUUCACACGCCCAUGUACUAUUUCCUGAGCAAUUUAUCUUUCUUAGACCUCAGCUAUGCCUCCACCAUUGCUCCCAAGCUGCUGGUGAAUCUCAUAGCGCAGCGCACCAACAUUUCCUUCUUUGGUUGUGCUACACAGAUGUUUCUCUUUGCUGCUCUGGCUGAUGCUGAGUGCUUCCUUUUGGCUGUGAUGGCCUAUGACCGCUACAUGGCCAUCUGUCAGCCUUUUCUCUACUCCGUUGCCAUGUCGCGCCGGGCCUGCGCCUCCAUGGUAGCUGGGGCUUAUCUCAGUGGGGGCCUGACCUCGCUGGUGCACACGUCUUUCACGUUCACCCUGUCCUUCUGUGGCUCCAACACCAUCAACCACUUCUUCUGUGACAUUCCCCCACUGCUGGAGCUCUCCUGCUCAAGCACCACGGUUAACGAAGUGCUUCUCAUCACCUUGUGCGGUUUCAUACAAACCAGCUCCUUCCUGGUCAUCGUCAUCUCCUACGCCUGCAUCCUUGGCACCAUCCUCCAGCUCCAUACGGCAGAGGGCAGGCACAAGGCCUUCUCCACCUGCAUCUCUCACCUCAUGGCUGUUGGAUUCUUCUAUGGCUCCCUCCUCUUCAUGUACUUACGGCCCAGCUCCAGCUACUCAUUGGACACCGACAAGCUGAUUGCUUUGUUUUACACUGUCAUCCUUCCCAUGCUGAACCCCGUGAUUUACAGCUUGAGGAACAAGGAGGUGAGGGAAGCCUUAAGAAGGUCACUAGAGAGAAAAGUGUUUUCUCAGUCAUUUACUUAG